UCCUCUCUUCCUCUCUCUUGAUAUCCAGAGAAAACAAAACCAUGAAGUGUCUUUCCAGAAAGGUCACGUGCAAUUCUCAUGGGCAAGACUCUUCAUACUUCUUAGGUUGGCAGGAAUACGAGAAGAAUCCAUACGAUGAGGUUCGGAAUCCAAAUGGAAUUAUACAGAUGGGUCUUGCAGAGAAUCAGCUAUCCUUUGACCUCAUCGAAUUGUGGCUAUCCAAGAACCCAGACGCUGCUGGCUUCAAGAGAAACGGAGAAUCUAUAUUCAGAGAACUCGCUCUGUUCCAAGAUUACCACGGCUUACCCGCCUUUAAGAAGGCUUUGGUAGAAUUCAUGGCGGAGUUAAGAGGAUACAAAGUAAGCUUUGAGCCAAAGAAGCUGGUCCUCACUGCUGGUUCAACUUCGGCUAACGAGACUCUCAUGUUUUGCUUGGCUGAACCUGGUGAAGCAUUCCUUCUCCCGACACCAUACUACCCAGGGUUUGAUAGAGAUCUUAAAUGGAGAACCGGUGUAGAGAUCAUCCCAAUACAAUGCUCAAGCUCAAACGGUUUUCAAAUUACUCAAUCUGCAUUGGAUGAAGCUUACAAACAAGCUCAAAAAAGUAAUUUAAGGGUUAAAGGUGUUCUUAUCACUAAUCCUUCAAACCCAUUAGGUACUACUAUAAGUGGAGAAGAGCUUAAUCUUCUAAUCGACUUUGUUUCUGCAAAAGAGAUCCAUUUAAUAAGCGAUGAAAUCUACUCUGGAACCGUGUUUGACUCACCAGGAUUCAUCAGCGUUCUAGAAGCUUUAAAGGAAAGAAACCUUGAAGAAGAAAGUGAUGUUUGGAACCGGGUUCACAUCGUCUACAGUCUUUCCAAAGAUCUUGGAUUGCCCGGGUUCCGAGUUGGUGCUCUUUACUCAAAUGACGAAGUGGUUGUCGCCGCCGCAACCAAAAUGUCGAGCUUUGGGCUCGUUUCAUCUCAAACACAAUACCUUCUCUCUGUUAUGCUUUCAGAUAAGAAUUUUACGAGCAAUUAUAUUGCUGAGAACCAGAGGAAGCUUCGAGAAAGACAUGACAUGCUCGUUUCAGGCCUGAGAGAAGUUGGUAUUGGGUGUUUGAAGAGUAGCGCUGGGUUGUUCUGUUGGGUUGAUAUGAGACAUCUCUUAAGCUCCAACACUUUUGAAGAAGAGAUGAAGCUGUGGAAGAAAAUCUUAUAUGAAGUUGGGUUAAAUAUCUCUCCUGGGUCUUCUUGUCAUUGUACUGAACCGGGUUGGUUCCGGGUUUGCUUUGCUAACAUGGCUGAAGAGACAUUAAACCUUUCAUUGCAAAGGGUUAAGGCCUUCGUGGAAUCCACAACCAUGAAUAGCAGCAACAGAGACGUUGGUGCGCGACAGUCCACAAGAAACUCAAGAAGGAGAUCACUCACUAAGUGGGUUCUCCGGUUAUCAUCUCAUGAUAGGGAAUCCGAGCGUUAAUCUAGUAGUGUGAAGUGUGAACACCUGUCCU